AUGAUAAAUACAUUAGAAAGUCUGGCAAAUGAAAUUCUUCUUAAUAUAUUAUCGAAUUUAACAUGGUUUGAAAUGAUACAAUCAUUUUGGUCAAUUAAUAAACGAUUUAAUUCUCUUGUUUGUUCAAUAUUUUCAAUAAAUUAUGGUAGAAAUAAAAGUGGAAUUAUUAUUAGUGAAACAGAUUUAUCUUUAAAUAAAUAUCAGUCAAUAUUAUUGUCAAUAAUUUCUAAUUCAAAUCUUUCUAUUUCUAUACAACGUAUUUAUAUUGAUGGAGCAAAAUCAGUUUUUUUUGAUCUUAUAUCUAAAUGGAUUUUUCAAGAAAAUCUUAUUUAUUUUAUUAAUUUGAAAUCACUUAUUCUAACUCGAUGUUAUCUAUCAGAAAUCUUAAUUAAUAAUUUAUCUUUACUUGUUCAAUAUCAAUUAGAUGAAUUAAUCUUAACAUUUGAUGAAGAUAGUCUUGAAAUGUUUGACUAUGAAUACGAUUCUGGCAAGAAUGCACGUGAUCAAGUUCAAAAAUUGACAGUCAUAUAUCAAGAAUUCAUACGUCAACUUUUUUCAUCUAAAUGUCAAUUAACCUCGCUUCAACUUGAUAUUUCACAAGACAAUUCUGUUUUUCAAAUACAUAAAUGUCUUUCAUCAUCAUCUUCUUCUGAUAUUUAUUCAAAUCAAAUCGACAAUCAACUUGUUACUAAUUGUAUGACUCUUCGUCGUUUACACAUUCAUGUUAUUCAUGGUUAUUUUAUUGAACAUAUUAUUGAACAUGUACCUGCUCUUGAAAUUCUUUCAGUUGUAAUUGGAGGUUCAUUGGCCCAAGAACAAUUAUAUCAUAUGAAGACUAAAAAGUUCUCGUCAACUAUUGUCAAUUGGUAUGAUAAGAUUCCAAAAUUAAAAUGUUUUACUUUAAACAGUUACAUUCUUGUUGAUUCUCAGUUUGAAUAUCUAAAAUGGAUUCUUAAUAAUGUUAAUUAUGUUGAAAAAUUAAAACUUCGACUUCAUGUAAAUUUAACAUAUCAAGAAGAUUCAAUGAAAAGACAUUGUUUUAUUGAUGCCAAUAUUAUUAAUGAAUAUUGUAUGCCUGAUAUAUCGAGAAAUUUAAUUGUUUUUAAUUUU